AUGAUUCUAUUUUUCCUCCUUUCUGGGAGUACCAGUACAGUAUCCUUAUGCGUGUUAAAAGUGUUGGUCCUUUUCUCUCCUCUUUGCCACUUUUCAUGUAACCGUGACAACCAUAGAGGUCUAAGCCACAUCACAUCACGUUUUCCCUUCCGAUUGGAUAGGUUUAGGCGGCAGUUUGUUGCCUCGAAACCCUCACCACCACCUCCCCAAUUUUCACAAGUAACCAACAUGGGCAAACGCAAGAAGUCGUCCCGCAAGCCUACGGGCCCAAAAAAAAAUGAACCCCUCGCGACCACUUUUUCGUGCCUUUUCUGCAAUCACGAAAAAUCCGUUACCUGCGUGCUCGACAAAAAGGCCGGCGUUGGCAGCUUGUCUUGCAAAGUCUGCGGACAGAGGUUCCAGGCGAACAUUAACUAUUUGUCAGCUGCGAUAGACGUGUAUAGCGAAUGGGUUGACGCCUGCGAUGAAAUUGCGAAUCCGAAGGAGAAGGCUCCCGGACGAGUUAGUGGCAGCAGUGGAACUGUGGGAAGAAGCGGCGGAGGGGGGGGAGAUGGAGGGGCCGGGAGCAAGACCCAGCACAAUCGCGAUAAGUUUGAUGACCUAGAUGAUGACGACGACGAUGACAUUGGUGGUGGGUAUGGCGGGAGGGCUCAGGCGAUCGUUGAUGAUGAUGAGGAGGACUUUUAGAAGGUGCUACGGCACUAUAGCCACAGGAUCACUUGCGGAAUGAUGAAUGAAUGGAUGGGAUUUGAGUGGGUCCACGAUGAGGUUGCUGUUAUACUAGCCUUUCCUCUCCGUCUUUUUCUUUUCUUUUUUCUACUCUUUCUUUUCUUUUGCGAACGCGCUGGGCUGCACUCUUGAUUUCUUGUAUAAAAAAGGGUUGGGUUUCUGUUUCAUUUUACUUUUUUUUUUUUUGCUCUUACUUUUCUUUAUUGGUUCUAUUACUAGUUGGUAAUUGGAUGGAUGAGUGGAUGGAUAUUUUUUCUUCUUCCCCCUCUAUAUUCCGAGGCACGUGUGACAAUUGGA